CCAUUUCCCCUUCUUUUUCUAACCUUCCUUUUUAAACCAUCCCCCCUCCGCCGGAACCACUCUUCUCUUUCAUCUGUCUUUCUUUUUUUUUUAAUUUCAAUUCCGUUGCCGGUACCGUCGUCGCCGGCUUUAACUAUAAUCAAUUGCACUGCAGCUUGGCUAGGGGGCGGAGAUUAGUUGAAUUAGUAAUGGCGGAGAUUUGUUGUAAAGUUAUGAGUGAGAGUGAGGCGUCGUCUUCUUGCGAGCCCAGCUCGCGAGUGGCUAGACGUCGGAGAAUGGAGAUCAGGAGAUGUAAAUUUGUUGCCAGGGUUGAUCCGACGGAGACGGAGACUGUUGCGAAACGACAGAAGCUGGAGGAUCGAGCUACGUCGAUUUCCAGAGAUUGUGAUAACGCAGUUCAGAAUUGUGAUUCGGGAGAAGAAGAAACCGUUGGGAGAUUUGUGGCUGGAGAGGUUUCGACGAAGGAGGUCUCGGCUCCUCUGUCUAGGGAAUCUCCUUGUGAGGUGGUGGUUCCGAAAUUUGGACUCUCUUCUGUUUGUGGAAGGCGGAGAGAGAUGGAGGAUGCGGUGGCAGUUCAUCCAUCGCUCUGUUUUACGGAGAAGAAAGCCAAUGAUAUGUUGCACUUCUUCGGUGUUUACGACGGCCAUGGCUGUUCUCAUGUGGCGAUGAGGUGUAAGGAGCGGCUGCAUGAACUGGUAAAAGAUGAGUUAGAUGGGAAGGAGAUGGAAGACGCCGCCGGUGCGGCGGAGACAGAGGCGGAGACGGCGUCUCGGUGGGACCGUACUAUGAAGAGAGUCUUCCGGAGAAUGGACAACGAAGUUGUGGCGCGAAACAAUGAAGAAGUUGUGGUAGCGAACUGUAGAUGCGAACUCCAGUCGCCGGAUUGCGAUGCCGUUGGAUCUACCGCCGUCGUCGCAAUUGUGACGCCGGAUAAGAUCAUCGUCGCCAACUGCGGCGAUUCCAGAGCCGUUCUCUGCCGUAACGGGAAGGCCAUCCCUCUCUCCUCCGAUCACAAGCCGGAUCGUCCCGAUGAACUUAGCCGGAUCGAGGAAGCCGGCGGACGAGUGAUAUACUGGGACGGACCGAGAGUCCUCGGAGUUCUCGCCAUGUCAAGAGCCAUAGGUGAUAAUUAUCUGAAACCGUAUGUGAUAUCGGAGCCGGAGGUGACGAUAACGAAUCGGACGGCGGAGGAUGAGUGCUUGAUAUUAGGGAGCGAUGGACUGUGGGAUGUGGUGCCGAACGAGACGGCGUGUGGAGUGGCGAGCAUGUGCUUGAGAGGGAAGGCGGAUGAGAGGUCGGCGUUGUCGCCGUCGAGGGAGGCGGAGACGGCGGUGGAAGGGGAAGAGAGAGGAAACGCCGACAAAGCCUGCAACGAUGCGUCGAUGCUGCUGACGAAGCUGGCGUUGGCCAGGCACAGUACGGACAACGUGAGCGUCGUGGUGGUGGACCUUAAGAGGGACACUCACCCUUAAGAAUCUUUUUUUCCUUUUCUUUUCCUUUUUUUUUCCCAUUUAGUACAAAGAAUUUAAUUUGAAAUUUUCAGAUUAAAAAAAGCUUUUUUCUUCUUCUAGAAAUUAGGAAAGGGAAAAUGGGGUUUAUUUUAGGUAAUUUCUCUUCUUGAGAAUCUUUUUCUUUUUGAAAAAAAAAAAAGAAGAAAAAUCAAACAAAACAAAAGUGUAAUUAACAAGUAUCAAUAUCAAUGUCAAUGCAUUCUCAUGGAUUUGUCAAA